AUCAUUUAGAUGUAUUUAUUCUAUUAGAGUCGAUGCUCCUUUGCCUCCUCAUUUUAAGUUCUCUUAAAUCUUCUUCAAUAUCUUUUCAAAAGUCAGAUGAAUUUAAACGUGGGGUCUUACAAUCCAAAAAGCACAUUCAAUGGCUAGUGAUGCCAGAAGAGUUUUUUAUUACCUAUUUCUGUUGUAGGGUAAUGUUUUCAGAAGACGGUUUGAUGAUAUCCUCUUAGAUGUUUAAAAUUUAGAUGUCUCCAGAUCUAACCCUGUAAUCUGCAGAAAGAUCCUGGAUAAAUUUAGUAUAUUCAUUAGACUGUGAAGCUCUUUUAUUUAUUGUAAACCAUUUUUAGUUCUUAAUGGAAAACUU